AUGAAUUUAAUAUUUUGCGUGCUCUGGUGUUGCCUUUGGUUUGGUGCUUUGGCUGAUAAAGGUAGUUUUAUGAAACUAGUUGGCGUAGGAAGACCAAAUGCACUAGCAACAUCUAGAAGUAUAGCUAUCGAAAACAAAUGGUUUACACAGAAUGUGGACCAUUUUAAUCCUACUGAUACAAGAACGUGGAAGCAGAGGUAUCACAUGAAUUUGGAAUACUAUAAACAUGGUGGCCCAAUAUUUUUGAAUAUAGGAGGAGAAGAAGAAAUUACACACGAUUGGAUGACUUCUGGUGCUUGGAUUGAAUACGCUAAAGAAUGUAAUGCCAUGUGUUUUCAAUUGGAGCAUCGGUAUUAUGGAAGAAGCCAUCCCACCGAUGAUUUAAAUACUAAAAAUUUGAAGUACCUAACUGUUGAACAAGUAUUAGCUGAUUUGGAAACAUUUAUAAACACCAUUUCAAAUGAUAAUGAAUAUAUUCUACUUAAUGCUAAAUGGGUAGUAUUUGGAGGAUCUUAUUCAGGAAGUUUAGCUGCCUGGUUAAGAAUGAAAUAUCCACAUCUCGUACAUGCAGCAGUUUCGUCAAGUAGUCCUUUAAUGGCAAAAAUAAAUUAUAAAGAUUAUUAUAUAGCUACCCAAAAUACAAUAUCAAAUUAUAAUCCAAAAUGUGCGUCAAAUAUAAUAGAAGCAACUUCAACGAUUAGCGAUUUGUUACAAACCAACAAUGGAGCAAAAUAUGUUGAUGAAAAAUUCAAAACGUGCAGUGAUAUGAGUAUAACAAAUAAAAAAGAUAAAACACUAUUGUUUAAUAACUUAGCUGUACCCGUUGCAGUAAUUGUACAAUACAAUAAUGAUAACAAAAAGAACGAUAAAUCGUAUUUAUCGUUAGAAAAAUUAUGUGAUAUGAUGUUAGACAAGUCGUUAGGAAGUCAACUUGAAAGAUAUGCAGCGGUACACAAACAAUUAAGAUCCGUUAAUAAUCAAUUAUGUACAUCAAAUACAUAUCAAGAUGUAAUUUCCGCUCUCAAGGAAACAUCUUGGAACGCAAAAAAUGUAAAAUCGGGAAGUCGACAAUGGUUGUACCUAAUCUGUACAGAGCUCGGUAAUUUUAUAACAUCAAAUAACCAUAAACACUUAUUUGGUAAUACCAUUCCAUUAGACUAUUUUACUGGCAUGUGUAGCGAUGUUUUUGGAAAAUCGUUUAACGAAAAGGCAUUAUAUACGGCAGUCAAAAAAACAAAUAUGAUCCACCAUGAUUUAAAAAAGAAAACAAGCAGGAUUAUUUAUUUACAUGGCUCUAUCGAUGCGUGGAAUACAUUGGGUCUCAUUCAACUACAGAGUAAAGACUCCGUUUCAAUUAUCAUUAAAGGAGGAUCUCAUUGUGCAGAUGUAUAUCCUUCUCGUUCAUCGGACCCUCCACAGUUACAGAAAGCUCGAAAAACUGUUGCAUUUUAUUUAAAAAAAUGUCCAGAAUAA